AUGAUGUACUCAGUGGUGUACCACUUUGUGCACAGUGUGCUCGGUCGCGUCCGAAUGGGAUCAGAGCCCAGCAGCCCUCAUGCCGACCCCAAAGGGAGCCUGCUGUGUCACCUGGGCGUGGACCCUACGCCACUUGACCAGCUUGACCAGCUUGACCAGCUUGACCAGUUUGACCAGCUUGACCAGCUUGCCCGGUUGGACUGGACUCGCCGGAUAGGCUGGGCUGCGUACUACCGGAUUCUUUCUGUCCGUGCGGCCCAGGGCCCCAGCGUCGUGCGGUGA